ACUGUCACCUGAUCGGAAGAAAUAGUACACACUGGUACAGUAAUGUUUUGGCGGUGUGAUUUUAAUAGCUAUAUCUGCACAUUUAUUUUACGUUGACUACGUUUUUCAUUAAUGCUCUUAAUUCUGUGGUUGCACAAAUUCGAUUCAGGACGCGUGUCUUUUUCCUGAUUCAUAAAAUAAACAAAAUAGAAUGUUUUUCUUGUAAUGCAGUGAUAGCUAAUUUUUAACACGGUUUGUGUUCCUAAUCUGAAACGCUGGCAUUAUAUACAUUUAUGUAAAUCCUUCAUGCUGCUGACCUUCAUUCAAAAAUUUUAUCACCUCUUUCCCGUGAUGUGAAUGCUGUUUGUUUACAUCGAUACUUCUUCAUCAUGCCUCUGUCGGCAGCAGUCAUCAGUGAUGUGCAGAAGCUGGUUCUGUACGAAACUAGAGCAAGGUACUUUCUUGUCGGGAGUAAUCAAGCGCAGACUAAGCACCGUGUUUUGAAAAUUGACCGCACAGAACCUAAAGACUUGGUGAUUAUUGAUGAUAAGCAUGUUUACAACCAGCAGGAACUGCGUGAGCUGUUGGGCCGCCUGGAACUGGGGAACCGGACCAAAAUUGGCCAGAAGGGGUCCUCUGGUUUGUCCCGGGCAGUGUCGGCCUGCGGCAUUGUGGGUUUUGUGCGGUUCUUGGAGGGAUACUACGUCAUCCUCAUCACCAAAAAGAGGAAGAUGGCGGACAUCGGGGGCCACUCCAUAUACAAGAUCGAGGACACAAACAUGAUCUACAUUCCCAACGACUCCGUGCGGAUCACGCACCCAGACGAGGCGAGAUACGUGAGGAUCUUCCAGAAUGUGGACCUCUCCAGCAACUUCUACUUCAGCUACAGUUACGACCUGAGUCACUCCUUACAGUACAACCUUACCCUCCUGAAAACGAUGUGCGACCUGGGCAAGACGGAGGAGCUGCUGCCUCCAAGCCGGCAGGACAGCUUUGACAUUUUUGAGGACGAGGGCCUGCCGACGCAAGUCAUUCACGGGAUCAUAAAUGAGCCGUAUGCAAAGUACAUUUGGAACGGCAAGCUCUUUGAGAAGAUCAAGGACUCAGUGCAUCCCAAUUGGCUCCUACACAUCAUCCACGGCUUCUGUGGCCAGUCAAAGCUGUUGAUCUACGGACGGCCGGUUUAUGUCACUCUCAUCGCCCGGAGGUCCAGCCGAUUUGCCGGAACCCGCUUCCUCAAGAGAGGAGCCAACUGCGAGGGCGACGUGGCCAACGAGGUCGAAACGGAGCAGAUUGUCCACGAUGCCUCGGUGAUGUCUUUCACGGCAGGGAGCUACUCCUCGUAUGUGCAGGUGCGAGGUUCCGUCCCCCUCUACUGGUCCCAGGACAUCUCCACCAUGAUGCCCAAGCCACCAAUCCGCUUGGACCAGGCGGAUCCCUACGCUACCGUGGCAGCACUGCACUUCGACCAGAUGCUGAAGAGGUUCGGCUCACCCAUCAUCAUCCUCAACCUGGUCAAGAAGCGGGAGAAGAGGAAGCAUGAGAAGAUCCUGAGUGAGGAGCUGUACCCUGCCGUCAUUAACCUCAACCAGUUCCUGCCUCCAGAGCACUGCAUCGACUACAUCGCCUGGGACAUGGCCCGCUACACCAAAAGCAAACUGUGCAACGUCCUGGACCGUCUUGGCCUCAUCGCUGAGAAUGUGGUCAGGCGGACUGGCUUCUUUGUCAACCGUGCUGACCUGCACUGUCACACCCUGCGGCCUGAUGAGAGGUGGGGCGAUCUUGGAGGCUACCUCACUGCCUGCGGACGCAUGCAGACGGGUGUACUCCGGACCAACUGCGUGGACUGCCUGGACCGGACCAACACAGCCCAGUUUAUGGUGGGAAAGUGUGCCUUGGCCUACCAGCUGUAUGCUCUGGGAAUGGUAGACAAACCCAGGCUGCAGUUUGACACAGACUGCGUCAGGCUCUUUGAAGAGCUCUAUGAAGACCACGGGGACACGCUGUCACUGCAGUACGGCGGCUCGCAGCUGGUCCACCGGGUCAAGACCUACCGGAAGAUCGCCCCCUGGACCCAGCAUUCCAAGGACAUCAUGCAGACCCUGUCCCGUUACUACAGCAAUGCCUUCUCAGACGCCGACAGGCAGGACGCCAUCAACCUGUUCCUGCAGGUCUUCCAGCCGUCCGAGUCCUGUCCGCACCUCUGGGAGCUGCCGACCGACUUCUACCUGCACCAGAAGAACACCAUGAUGCUUCCACAUGACCGCAGAAGCUACACGUUUUGGUGGUCGGAGGAUUUGCUGAAGUACCUGCCGCUACCCUACGAUGAAGCGCCCUGCGAGGAGAACAAGCGGCGGGUGCGCGGUAGGCGGAUGAACCACUACGACGAAGGCACCGACAUCUACCACGAGUUCUUCCGGCCUUAUGAGCUCUCCUGCUUUGAUGACAGCUACUGCGUGGCUAUGACCAACUCUGCCAGGGAGUUCAUGCCGAAGACCGUGGGGGUCGACCCGAGCCCCUUCACAGUCCGCAAGCCUGAGGAGACAGGGAAGUCUGUGCUGGGCAGCAAGAGCAGCAGGGAGGAGGCAAUGCUCCAGCGUAAGACUGCCGCCAGCGCUCCGCCCCCCCACAGCGAGGAGGUGGUGUCGAGCAGCUCCGAAGAUGACUCCGAAGAAGAGCGGGAGGACGAGGGUGCAGCCUCGCAGCGCUCCACGCCCAUCAAGCUGGCCGAGGUCAUGGAGAGCACGCGCAUGCAGGAGGACGGUGCGCGGCUGGCGGCCAGGGAGAUCUACGGACUCUGCCCGUGUGAAUCCCCAGGGGAGGACGACAUCCAGAUCUACCAGAAGUUUGCACAUCUGGGUCAGAACCAGCACAAAGUGGAGUGGAUGGGCCAGGUCGCCGAACCCGAGCAGCGGGAAAGUGUCAUAAACCUGACUCCCGUAUCCCAAUUCUCCCAAGACAGCAUCUACGCAGUGCAACCCCCCAACGUGGACAAGGCCAGUCGGGAGGUGUUUGAAAGGCACAUCCAGACGGGUCGAGGCCUGGUGGGGGCCCUGCACCGGGGGGACGUCCUCAUGUACCGGGAGUAUAUCAAGAACCGCUACAUGUAGACAAGCUGCGCAUCAGCAUGGGGAGAGGGCUGGGGGCAGGAGCUGGAGCUCAAGCUAUGUGGGGGCGGGGCUUCUGGGUGAGACAGUCUCAAAGGGAAUGGGUGAGAUGAUAAACUGCUACUUCUAAGACAGAGGGCUGAGUUCGCUGGAGCAUGGACCUGCAAGAGGGGAAUUAUUCAACAGGUGUGCAGUGACCUGGAGAAGUUUGGUCAUGUGACUGCUUAGGAUUGCUGGCCAUGUCAUGAACAAAGUGCAUGAAUAUUUGAUCCCGGUGUUGAUAUGAAUUAGCAUGUUUAAUAAAUGCAUAGCCUGCUUAGCAUAGAGAGGAGGUCUGCCUCACAGCCCCUCACUUACUGUGCCGCCUGCACUGAAUGUUUUCUCCGUGUCAUGUUCUGUCAUCAUAUCAGACUGCAUAUUGAUUCUGGAUGUUUUUAACAUUAAUGUUAUUAAUAUAAAUAAAUGAGUUAUGGCCUUUUUUAUGGCAGUAGAAGUUUUAAUAUGUUCAAAAUAAAUACAGGAUUGCGACA